AUGUCAGUAGAUCCAAUCACAUGCCAUAUCUUAGAUACAACUCUGGGCAGUCCAGCACUGGACGUUCUUUGUCAAAUCUUCUUGAUCUCGUCUUCCGCAGAAGACCAAACCACAUUUGACUUGCCUGUAGGGUCGACUCCUAAGCCAUUUGCCAUGAACAAAACUGACAAAGACGGCCGCAUCAAGAAAUGGAUAUUAGAUCCACAGUUGGAGUCAUCACAGAAGGCAGAUGUCGGUGUCACUGAAAACACAUGGUCCACCUUGAAGCCGGGUAUAUAUAGAGUCAAGUUCUACACUGGCAAGUACUUCAGCGAAUUGAAAGAUCCGCAAAGAACAUUCUUUCCCUUUGUGGAAAUCACUUUCAUGGUGCAAGACCCUCCUGAUAACCACUACCAUAUUCCGUUGUUGUUGUCCAACCACAGUUACACUACCUAUCGUGGAAGUUAA